CUGUACUUCAAAUCAUGUUCAAGUGUGAGCUUAACAGCAGUCAUGCUAACAGAAGUUAUGCAAAGAUUGGAGUGGAUGGAAGUGACUGCUUUAGCCUAGACAUUGUAGAUGGCACUUGGUCCUGGGUAGCAGAUGAUGCUUCCGCUAAGCCAAUCAUAUCUGUGCUGAAGGAGAAGUUCAGUUUUGUUCUGCAUGAUUUCAACUUUUUCCUAACACAGCACUGCUUUCAACUUUUGAGGGCAUACCUUCAGAAUGAAUGUUUUGCAGAGAAGAAGAAAGCACUGCCACCAGUUGCAAAGAUAUUAGAAAAGAAAACCUCCACCACUGUGACUUACGUCAGUUGCAUUGCCACAGGAUUUUAUCCCCAUCAUAUUGAUUUAAGAUGGGUCAGAAAUGGAAAGGACAUCAUGGAGAAUGUACAGACCUACAUUUUACCAAACUGGGAUGACACAUACCAAAUCAAGAAGAGAUCUGAGACAAACUCAGCUGAUGAAAAUCUCUACUCUUGUGAGAUUCAACACAGCAGUUUGGAUAAAGUAAUGAUAAUUUCUCAUAGUAAGUACAUCAAAAAGUUGAUGUUUUCCAAAGAAACAUAAAUAACUGAAAAACUGAAAUAAAAGUAAUGAAAUUACAUAAAGGACAGGCUAAUAUAAAAUAUGAUGAAGUUAAUGUGUUUGAAACAGUCACACAUGAAUACCAAGAUCAUUUAGGUUCUAUUUUCUUCAAACUGUAUCACCUUUACUUGCUGUUAAAAAAAACAGGAAAUAUUAGCCUUAAAAAAUACUAUGCAAUGAGAAAAAGCAUUCUUGAAGAGAGCUGAUUAUACUGACAAGUAGGUUAAGCUAUAAUCUAUGCAUCAGGUGUUUUAUCAUGUUUCCUAUGCCUUGAUUCCUACAACUUCAGUCUGUGUAGUACAUGAUGGAGCAAAUCAGUUAAUCAGACAAAAGUUUUAGGAACACACUUUGAAUGAGAUUCUUGGGUGUAAUGGCUCUUAUAUGAUAAUAUUAAAAUUAAAAAGACUAAGCCCACAGUACUACAUGU